AUGGAUAACGAACCAAAAAUCAUCAAGAAGAUCUAUGUUUAUCCUGCAACAUCUAUACAACAAAUGAAAUAAGCUUAAGAAAAUUAAUGGAUUAAUAAAUAAUUAUAUUAAGAUGAACAUAUUUAGAAAUUAAUGGAUAUGUGUUUAUCUAAUUAAAUGUAGUCAAUCCUUAAUCGAUUUGAUUUUGAAGAUAUUCAAUAACCAUUAAGAGAAGUUUAAUUUUUUUUAAAGGAUUUAAAAGGUAAAUUCAUAUAGUAGCCUAAAAAUAAAAUUAAAGAACCUUUAGUAUCUAAAAUACCUAAUAAAAAAACUAAUUAUCAAUAAAAAACUUAACUUUUAGCUUCUAUUUAAUAGAAACUAACUUAAAUGGUUUAAGAAUGUAAAUUAUUUCCUUCUUUAAUAAACUUUAUCAAAAUUGAAUAAGAUUAAUAAAAUUAUCAAUUCAAUUUUUGUAAAUUGGGAUUAUUAAAUGAUGCAGCUGAAAUUAUGCUUCAAUGUGGUCCUUUUGGUAUAUUAAAUCCAUAAAUAAAAAGUCCAACAAAUUUAACAAUUACAGAUCUUAUUUUAGAAUUAUUUAAAUCUUUGAAUCAUUAUAAUAUAGUUGAAGACAAAGAUAUAGCUGAAGAAGUUUGGUUUUCAUUUAAUAGGGCAAAGAAUAAAACUCAUCUUUCUGAAUUAUUAAGUCAUGAAAUAGCAUAGAAUUUUUCUUAUAAGGAUAUGGAAAUAUAAAGAGAAAUUUUAAUUUUAUAAGGGACUAUUUAAAAAUUAAAUUAUAAUGCAUAAUUUAUUAAUAAUCAAAGAGAAAAAAUAAUAAAAGUAUUAAGAAAAAGAGUUUAGGUAUAAUUAUAUCAUGAAUGUUAAGUAAGAAAGAUAGCUUAACCUGAAAUUUUACCUAAUCUUACUUUAUCAAUUAAAUAAUAUAGAUCAACACAUGGAGUGUUUUGUGGUUGUGCUCUUUAAUUUCCAAUAGUAAUGAUUAAGAAAUUUAGUAUUACACCAGGAUUAGAAGAUGUAUGCAAGAAUCUUUGUUUAAGUAUUCUUUAGAAUUUAGAUACAAUAAAUUUUUGUUUAGCAAUUACAUAUGAAAAAUACUUAUCCUCUAGAUUAUAUAAAGAACAUAAUACAUUUUAAGUAAGAAAAAUAAUUUAAAAUGCUUUAGAAGAUAUCAUUCAAAAAAUGGAAACAGAUGUUAAUCUUUGUAAAUUCUUAAGAUUAGCAAUAUUAGAUUAGCAAUUUAUUAAAUUUUAUAAUUUAUUACAUCGAUAUAAUACAAUAAAUUAAAAUGACACAAGUAUUCCAAAUGAUAAAAGAGAUCAGACAAAUUAAUUAAUUUUGAAUGCUGUUCAUUGUAUUUUAGAUAAAGUAAAAAAUCUAUAAUUAGAAAACAAUAUAAUAGAAUAGAAAUAUGAAAUAACACUUCCACCUGAAAAAAUAAUAAAAGUGAAUAUGAAAAAACAUAAAACAAAUUAAUCAGAUAAAUUACUUUUUUAUAUUAAAUUAAUAGCUAGUGAUCUAAUUAAAUUAAAAAUUCCUUUAUUUGAGAUUAUUUAUUACAUUACAGCUAUUAAUAAUAGAAUUUAAUUUAGAAAUGAUUUAUAACCAAAAAGUACAAUUAGAUUUUUUACAUAUCCACAUAUUAUUUAUUAUAUUGAAGAACUUUAUGGUGUAAAAACAAUAGUAGAAUGGGAAUCUGAUAUGUCAUGUGAAAUUGAUUAUUUUAGUUUAGCUAAUUUAGAUUUAUCAAUAGAUUUAGAUGAUGAAUUUAUAAUUGAAUAAUAACUUAUAAUAAUGGAGAGAUGUCUUAAAAGAGAUAGAGUUAGAUAUUAAUGGGCACUUGAAUAUUUAUCUUAGAAAUGUUAGGAAUUAUUGUUGGAGACCAAACAACUCUAGAAAAGUAAAAUUAGAAAAUGUUUAGAGAGUUUGUAUAUGGAAGUCAAAAGAUAAAAAUGA